AUGCAAAUUCGUCGUACAACGACUAAUUCUCGUUCAAACACAUCUUCAAAAUCAUCAUCAUCAUCCUCAAAAGAAAAUAAUGUUCGAAAUAUUGAACCUGUUUUAUAUAGUGAAGUAGCUGUUCGUUUUAAUGAAAAUAGUCUUGAACAAUGUCGUACAUCUGUUAGUGCCUUAUCCGGUUGUGUAGCUGGUAUUCUUGGUUUAACAUCAUAUAAAGGAUUUAUUUUUUAUGCAUUUUCAAUGUUUUUUCUUAGUUUUCUCAUUUAUUUGUAUAUUAGAAAUGAACAUCGAAAAUUUUUCACUAGUUUAAAUCACAUAUUUAUUUAUGGAUUUUUUAAUGGUUUACUUACUUAUGUACUUUUUUGGACAUUUCUUUAUGGAAUGGUUCAUGUUUAUUAA